AUGGGAAAAUUCAAGGGGCUGAUAGACCCUGAUGACCACUUGAGGAUUUUUACAAGCACAGGGCUGGUAGGUGGCUGGACCCUACCAUUAUCAUUAUGGUGCCAUCUUUUCGUACAGACCCUUACUGGCGCUGCGAGAAUCUGGUUCGACAACUUACCCAUCGGGAAUAUCACAUCAUGGAAAGAUCUGCGCAAGAAAUUUCUGACUCAUUUCCGCCAACAACGACGAUCUAUCCGAGACAUAUCAGAUGUGACGAACAUUUGGCGUCAUGAUGACGAAAGCCUGGAGUACUUUAUCACCCGAUAUAACAAGGAAGUACUGGAGAUCGGGGGAGUCAAUGAGCAGCUGAUUCGCGCACAAUUCAAAUAUGCGAUCAGAUGCGAUGAUAUGAUAAAGGUCCUGUCUGGAACAGAAUGCCUCCCAAAGAGCUGGGAGAAGGUGAUGGCGGCGGCUAAGGUAUAUGCCCAAACAAAAAAGAACCUUACCACUAAUAGGCCGCCACCACCACAUAACCGACCCUCCGACUUAGGCUCGAGCGGCGGAAGAAAAUUCAAGAAAGGAUGGCGUUACUCUGGCUCAGGAAACCAUUCAUCCGAAGAUGCUCGGGCAACGAUCAAUAAACUUACCGCGCAAAGGGAAACCAAGCAAGAGAAUAGGGAGAGACAAUGGACUCCCUUAACUAAAACCCCCGCGGAAGUUUUAAGCACUGAAGAUUAUCAGUUCAAGCCGCCGAUCCCCAUGAAAAACAAGCAUGGACAAGACCCAGCCCAGUAUUGUGAAUAUCACAAGGAUAGUGGUCAAACCACCAACAAUUGCAUUUCUUUGCGCACAGAGAUUGAGAAGGCCCUUAAAAGCGGCGAACUCACACAUUUACUACAAAAUGUGCGCAAGGAAAUAAAACAGAUAACUCGAGGCGAGGAAGGCCCGAGCAAGAGGGCGAAAAAAUAA